UCUUCCCUGCAUGAGACCAGCUAGCUCCGGCCGGUUCAGCAACGAUGGUUUCGGUCUAAGAACAUUGGAAGGGUUCGAUUACGAAUCUAUUUUGGGGCAGUGCUGCGAAAUGCCUGUUGGGUACGUCCAGAUUCCGGUGGGGAUCGCGGGUCUGUUGUUGCUCGAUGGGUUCGAGUAUUCGGUGUCGAUGGCGACUAUGGAGGGUUGUUUGAUUGCGAGUACAAAUAGAGCUUGCAAGGCUAUCCAUUUGUCUGGUGGGGCUACCAGCGUGUUGUUGAGGGACGGCAUGACCAGAGCACCGGUUGUGAGGUUUAAUUCCGCCAAGAGAGCUUCCGAGUUAAAGUUCUUCUUGGAGGACCCUGAAAUUUUCGAGACUUUUUCCAUCGUCUUUAAUAGUACCAGUUUCAUGUUUUUCUACUAUAUGAUAGGCAACUUUUGUUCGGACAAGAAACCUGCUGCUGUAAAUUGGAUCGAAGGGUGUGGCAAAUUAGUUGUUUGUGAGGCAGUAAUCAACGAAGAGGUGGUGAAGAAGGUUUUGAAAACAAACAUCCAUGCUCUUGUAGAGCUUAACAUGCUUAAGAACCUUGCUGUCUUUGCCAUUGCUGGUGCUCUCGGUGGAUACAAUGCUCACACCAGCAACAUAGUAUCUGCAGUAUUUAUAGCCACAGGCCAAGAUCCAGCACAAAACAUAGAGAGCUCUCACUGCAUUACCAUGAUGGAAGCUAUCAACAACGGCAAGGAUCUUCAUGUCUCUGUGAGUAUGCCUUCAAUUGAGGUGGGUACAGUAGGAGGUGGGACACAACUCGCUUCUCAAUCUGCAUGCCUGAACUUGCUUGGCGUGAAAGGUGCAAGCAAAGAGUCCCCAGGAGCUAACUCUAGACUACUGGCCACCAUUGUAGCCAGUUCGGUGUUAGCAGGUGAGCUCUCUUUGAUGUCUGCUAUAGCAGCUGGGCAGCUUGUCAAGAGUCACAUGAAAUACAAUAGAUCCAGCAAAGACAUGUCAAAAGUUGCAUGCUAAACAGGUACAAAAUAAAAGAAAAAAAAGGGAAGGGGGGGUCUGGGUGUGAUUAUCGAGCU